GGGAGGAGGAAAACCCCUCUUUUUGUCGCUGGUUAAGAUCUCUGUGCCAUUCCUGGUGGAAAACCGUUUGAUUGUACCCGCUGGAGCUACACGACGAAGCCCAUCCCAUUGGCCAAACCGCUUUGUGGUCAUUCUGCCUUUCAAAGGCAGUGUGCCCUGCUUUAGUCACUGAAGUCCACUUAACCCGGCUUUUAUUUUACUUGUUUGAAAGAAGCAUAUUUCAGGCUAGCUCACAGGAGCAUGCUGUUUUUAUCCAUAGAAAGAAACUCGAUCGUGAAGGUGAUGUUCACAGCUGUGUUACGAUUGAAGUGACGUACAUUUAGAGAAUUAUUGCAAUGCAAGCAAAUGGAUCGUGAAUACUGUUGGAAUUAAGCUUUAAAUCGAUUUAAGUAGAUCACGUUUUGAUGGCCUCUUAAUCAGUUGCAUCCGAACACAACAUAAUUUUCACCUUUUUAAAUUUGGCUACUAAAUUAAGGGCUUUAACUCGCAGAGGAACUUGCCAAAGACUAACCUUCUCGUGAAUCGGAUUAUUUGAAAAGUAACGUCAACGAGCACUGGGGAAUUGGAUUAUACACUUACAAACGUCUAUUGUGGAUACCUUGCAUUUGCAAUCGUUGACAUUUAUCCAGUGAGCUUGAAGAUGCAGUUUCGGACUGUUGUGGAUGUCAAAGUUGUGGAUGUGGAGAAGAGGCGAAAUCCUUCCAAACACUAUGUGUACCUCAUCAAUGUCACAUACUCCGAUUCCACCUCCCAGAUAAUCUACAGGAGAUACAGUAAAUUCUUCGACCUGCAGAUGCAGAUUUUGGAUAAAUUCCCCAUUGAGGGAGGCCAGAAGGAUCCCAAGCAGCGUAUCAUCCCUUUUCUGCCAGGUAAAAUCCUCUUUCGACGAAGUCAUGUGAGAGAUGUUGCCAUGAAAAGACUGCGGCCCAUUGAUGACUACUGCAGGGCCCUGGUGCGCCUCCCUUCCCAGAUCUCUCAGAGCGAAGAUGUACUGCGCUUCUUUGAGACCAGACCUGAAGAUCUGAACCCCCCAAAAGAAGACUAUGGCACCUCGAAACGGAAAUCAGUAUGGAUGUACAGUCUGUCCCAGAGUCCGAAGAAAGGGGCACCAGGAGCCGACAACUCAGAUCCCAUGGUGCUGGAGCAGUAUGUGGUGGUGGCCAACUAUGAGAAACAGGAGAACUCAGAGAUCAGCCUGCAGGCCGGAGAGGUGGUGGAUGUAAUAGAGAAGAACGAGAGUGGUUGGUGGUUUGUGAGCACAGCGGAAGAGCAGGGAUGGGUACCGGCGACGUACCUGGAUUCCCAGAAUGGAACAAGAGAUGAUUUGGAGCUGAGCACUUCUAGGACUGGAGAAGUCACUAAGAGGCGCAAGGCUCACCUGAAGAGGCUGGACCGGCGAUGGACGCUGGGGGGGAUUGUCAACCGGCAGCAGAGUCGAGAGGAGAAAUACAUCACAGUGCAGCCAUACACCAGCCAAGGCAAGGACGAGAUUGGGUUCGAGAAAGGGGUCACCGUGGAGGUCAUCCAAAAGAACCUGGAAGGUUGGUGGUACAUCAGGUACCUGGGCAAAGAAGGCUGGGCUCCCGCGUCAUACCUGAAGAAGGCCAAAGACGACUUCUCCCCUCGUAAGAAAACCCUGACCGGCCCUGUGGAGAUCAUUGGGAACAUCAUGGAGAUCAGCAACCUCCUCAACAAAAAAGCAGUGAGCGAGAAGGACGUGCAGACUGACAACGAGCCCGAUGAGCUCCACAUGGCCAAGAAGGAGAUCAGCUUGCCCAUCCCCUGCGAUGAAAGGAGAAGCAGCGUCACCCUGCAGGACAGCAAGGGAAAAACGGAGCAGGGCUCUCCGGCUGUGGCCAGGAUCGCCCCACAGAGAGCAGAGAUCGGUUCUCCUAACCUGAGACAGAAACCCCCACCUAGGAGAGAGGCCAGCCUGGGAUUCCAGUUGCCAAAGCCUCCUGAGCCCCCUACUGUUGAAGUGGAAUACUACACCAUAGCAGAGUUCCAGUCAUGCAUAUCAGAUGGAAUAAGUUUCCGUGGAGGACAGAAGGCUGAUGUCAUUGAAAAGAACUCUGGCGGAUGGUGGUAUGUCCAGAUUGGGGAAAAGGAAGGCUGGGCACCUUGUUCCUACAUUGACAAAAGAAAGAAACCCAAUCUAAACCGAAGAACCAGCACUCUGACUAGGCCAAAGAUCCCUCCCCCAGCUCCACCAACCAAAAAACAAGAUCAAGAAGAGGCUGGCCCUACAAGCAGCACCCUUCCAGCUGAAGCCACAGACUCCCCUCAAAAGCCCAAGUAUGAGGAGCCAGAAUAUGAUGUCCCUGCCAUUGGUUUUGAUUUGGAGCCAGAGCCAGACCAUGUCAAGCGAGAAACGUCUGUUGAUAGUAAGAAUGAUGAUGCAUCCUCUGGGAAAAGCUCCCAGCAGUCUUCCAAGCCCUCUCCUGUUUCUUCCCUCCAGAGAGCCUCGUUCAAGGUGGGGGAGUUUACUGACGACGUCGCUCAGGAAGAGGAAACUAUAUACGAGAAUGAUGGCUUCAGGCCUUACUGUGAAGAUACGGCAUCCAGCAAAGAGUCGAGUGGUGACUCAGACUCUCCAAAGAGCAACACCCUGUCAACGGCCCGCAAAGUUUCAUCCUCCAGGUCAUCUCUGGGAAACACAAGGACUGUGAAAAAAGUCCAGCCGGAACUAGCCAGAAGCCAGUCUCUUACCAAAACUGAAGACACCAAGCUGAGGUCUUCUUCAGAUGCCACCCAGGGAGUAACUAAACAGCUAGGCCUUAGAAAAGAAGUAGAACAGAGAAUUGGACAAAGCCCUUCUACCAAACCCAAACCCCUGGUAAGACCCAAACCUUUGCUGACCAAAUCGGAGCCUCAGAGCCCUGAAAAAAUGGAUAUCAGUACCCUGAGGCGUCAACUGAGACCAACAGGACAGCUGAAGCAUGGGCUGAAGGCCUCCAAAGGCGAGGAUUCAGAAACUGCCUCUGUGAUCUCAUCAGAGGACUCAGUGUCCUCUCGAAGCACCUCAGAUCUCUCCAGCAUCUAUUCCAAGGGCAGCCGAGGAGACUCAGACUUUGAAACCACCAUCUACAGGACCACAGACAGCUAUGAAAAAGUGCAAGAUUCUGAGAUCAGCUUUGCUGCUGGAGUGGAGGUGGAAGUGGUGGAGAAGCAAGAAAGUGGAUGGUGGUACAUCAAGUGUGGAGAUGCUGAAGGCUGGGCUCCUACUUAUUACCUGGAGCCUGUGAAGCAGGGAGAUGCAGCAGGAUCAGAGUCUGAAGGUAUCAUGUCCAAACAGAGCAGUGGAAGUAAAUCCAACAGCUUAGAGAAGAAUGAACAGAGAGUUCUAGCCCUGAACAGCAUUAACCAAAGUAUGAAAAAGAUUACUCCCCCAAUUCCAUCAAAGCCUCCCGGUGGCUUCUCUAAACCUACAGGAAUGGUGAAUGGCUCUGUGAAAAUGAGGAAUGGGGUGCGCCAGUUAGCAGUGAGACCUCAGUCUGUCUUUGUUUCAGCACCUGUCAAAGACACCAACCUUCUCUCAGGGUCCUUGCGUAGAAAUGAAUCCCUUAACUCCACUGACCAGUUGAGAUCUGGAGUGACAGUCCGCCGUAACUCCUCCUUCAGCUCCGUGAGGCCGCAGGUUGACAACAAACUGAGGCAGCCAGAUAAAGUGGGAAUGGGCAGCACGGAAGCUUUGGGAAGGGUCUCUCAAAGGAAUGGGAUCCCGGUCUCCACAGUCAAACCCAAACCCAUUGAGAAAUCUCAGCUGAUACAGAACAACCUCAGAGAAGUUUAUGUUUCCAUAGCUGAUUACCAUGGCGAUGAAGAGACCAUGGGAUUCCCAGAAGGGACAAACUUGGAAGUUCUUGAAAGGAACCCCAACGGGUGGUGGUACUGUCAGGUGCUUGACAGUGGGCGACCCCAAAAGGGCUGGGUGCCCUCUAAUUACUUGGAAAGGAAGAACUAGCAUUGUACCUGUUUGUAUAAAACUGUUUUUUAAAGACAUCUAAAUGCAAUGUAGUAUAAUGAACGAGACACUUUUAGUGCUGGUUUGCUAAAACAAAAGAAAUACAUUAAGACGGUAUAAAUUGUCAGUGAUAUGUUACGAUUAAAAAAAGAAAACAUUGGCAAGAGAUUUGGGGUGGCCACCCCAGUGUCUUAAACAACAUCUGGGUUUUAUUUUGUUAAUUUUGAUAAAAAAGAGAAAGAAGAUGGUUGCAUCUUGUGAAAGGAGUAAAAAUGUGCGGGCCUUUUCUGUCACUUUUGUCCAUCACUCCCGUUCACCCGACUGUUUGGGUUUGCCGAAAGGAUGCCUUUCGAGAUGGUUUUAAAAAUAAACAAAAGAAGGAAAAAUA